ACUCCAGGCCAUACAAUAAUUUGCUCCUUUACAGGCCCCGGGGAUGGUAAUCUGCAUUCCUUGGCACUGGCGUCCCCUCUGUGGGAGUCCCCGAAGCGGCUCUCAUGUUGGAGACUGUCACUCGGCGGGGCCCUAUUGUCCCUUGGUUUCCAGGAGAAGCGGGUCACAUGAUGCAAACAGUCCAGCAAUGAGCUACAAUAGAGACACAAAGGAGCGAGCCGAGAGGGAGGAGGGAGCGACCGUCCCGGAAAGUGACACCUUAGUCCCACGGAUUAGCAUCGCGCGCUUAUGAGCACCCAACGUCUCCCGCUAUAAGUGGAGCCCGCAGCGCCAGGGACCCCAGGAGCAGACGUCCCCGGCGCGGCCACAGAAUGAGCCUCAGAGGGGUUUCCUUGCCCAGUACCCCUGUUGUCACACUGGGGAACUUCAAUACACCAAAAAGAAGAUGCUCGAUUACUCCGCUGUGCCUCCCCGCAGUGCCCACAGCAGCCGCAUCACAAGCAUGUAUGUUCCCCCAGCGCCUGAACCCCCUGCACCCCCCAGAUGUGAGGAGAAGACUGGUGAGCCUGGAGACGGUGGCCGCUCAUCAUCACAACCAGCAGAGGGUCAUCAACAUGCAGCAGAAAGAAUACAGCAGGUUUCACCAGGGCUGGAGACGACCAUUUUAUGGCACCGCAGCUGAGAAAGAGGACUACAGGAGAGAAAUUAGACAACUGUUGAAGAAGCAGAUGAGUGAGAAGUGGACCACGAGCAGAGAGGCGCUCGCCGGGCAAAGCAAGGAGCUGGAAGCCUUAAAAGAAGCCGACCGAUUUGCGGUGCUUCAGGAUCUAGAGCAAGAAAGAGCAAAAUCCUUGUUCCUGAGGAGAUACCGGGAUGAGAACAAGCAGUUAAUGGAGAGCAAAUGGCAAGAAAACCGCCUGACGCGAUCGAUGGAGAUGCUGAAGGAGAGAGCGCUGCUGCAGUAUAACCCCAUUAACUGGAGCGGCACACUGAAAUAAGCAGAGUUCAGUGUAUGGGGGGGGGGGGGGGGGGAUAUGGGGAUAUCAUGGUGGAAUAACAAUAAGUUAGUAUCUCAGCCAUCAGACCCAGCACCAGCUGGAAAUGUCCAUAUACUAGCAGAGGGCGGCAUGUGGCACUGUCUGCACUGCUGAUAUAUGCCAAGUCAUUCGAGGGGUUGUCCAGGAACAGUCUAGUUGGUUAUCAUAUGUAAACGAGCUAUGUUAUGCAAAUUAUGUCACUUAAAGUAUAACUGUCGUAUUUUUCUUUUUUUUGGAGUAUUGGAUCGUGGCGAUUAAUAUCUCCUUGGUGGCCCUAUUUCAACUUUUCACUGUGUAUUCAAUUACCCCUUAAUUCCACA